UCCCUUCAUUUUAUUUACUUAGCAGUGCCAGUGACGAGUCCAUUUUUAUCCAUUAGAAUAUUAAAUGCGUAUCUUGUGUUCCUCACUUCACAGAAGAAGCUCAGAGCGUACCUGACACAGAGAAGAAACUGUUUUCCAUUUCAAUGGCGGAGAAAGACGACCGUACUCCUCAUAUUCUGGUAGUUCCUUACCCGGCGCAGGGCCACAUCAAUCCCAUGCUUCAAUUCUCCAAGCGCCUUCACAGAAGUGGAGCCAAAAUCAGCAUCGUCACCACCAAUUUCAUCGCCGGCACCAUUCAUCGCUCCUCCGAUCCCCCUCCUCCGUUCCCCAUCCUCACCAUCUCCGACGGCCACGACGACGCCGGUUACGCCGCCGCGGAGACUAUCCAGAUCUACCUCGACUCCCUCCGCCGAUUCGGAUCCCAAACCCUAAGGCAGCUUCUUCGCCGCCUUUCCUCUUCCGCCUCCCCAGUGAUGGCCGGAGAAAAAGGCAAUGAGAUUAGACAAAACGCCGCCGCGUGGAAGGUGUUGGCCGCAAAGGCAUUUGAGGAAGGUGGAAGCUUCGACGGAGUUGUUGAUGAGUUUCUCGCCAAAAUGGUAUUGGAGGUCCACCGUUCAAGCCUAUGCAAGAAUUGGAGAAUUUGUUGAGGACAAUCCAAGUGCUUCCAAGGCGGUGAAAGUGUUGUUGGAGCGUGGCUGGAAGAUGCAUUUAUGAUGGAGCCUAAAGCCGCUUGGAUGCCCUAGCACAUGUGACCGCGCAGUAAUUCUCUACACUUGUUUUUCACCGCAUCUGUACAACUUCUAGAGGGUGCCCUAAAUUUUAAGGAUCCGAUAUAUAAGGAAAAUAUACCCUAGCCGCAAAUAGAGGAACAUUACAGAGAUCCAUUUUGGAAAUAUCGAUUCCAUAUAACAUUCCCAUCUUGUCACCAUCUUUUUCAUCGAAGAGGGAGCUGAGGAGAGUGGUUGCUUUCUCGUGGGUCACAUUUUGCUAUUAAGGAAGCUUCCAACUCUCUGUUGUCUGCUUCAACGAUGGAGAUUGCUUACUUCAUUUCCAUUUCUUUUCUACUUUCUGUUAUGAACUAACCCCCACCUUCAAGGGGGAUGAGCUCACUGUAGCUUUGGUGUUUGCUAUGCUUAGUAACCUUAAAUACUGAUCUAAUAGAAGUGUGUUUAUUAUUUCAUCUCA